AUGAAGCACAACAAUGUCAUCCCAAAUGGUCACUUCAAGAAGCACUGGCAAAACUAUGUCAAGACGUGGUUUAACCAGCCUGCUAGGAAAACCAGAAGAAGAAUUGCGAGGCAGAAGAAGGCUGUGAAGAUCUUCCCUCGUCCUACCUCUGGUCCUCUCCGCCCUGUUGUGCACGGACAGACUCUUAAGUACAAUAUGAAGCUCAGAACCGGCAAAGGAUUCACUCUUGAGGAGCUUAAGGCUGCUGCUAUCCCAAAGAAGUUGGCUCCAACAAUCGGUAUUGCUGUUGACCACCGUCGCAAGAACCGUUCCUUGGAGGGUCUUCAAUCCAAUGUCCAGAGGCUGAAAACCUACAAGGCUAAGUUGGUCAUCUUCCCGCGUCGUGCCCGUAAGAUUAAGGCUGGUGAUUCUACAGCAGAGGAGUUGGCCAAUGCCACACAGGUCCAGGGAGACUACAUGCCUAUUGUUCGUGAGAAGCCAACGAUGGAGCUUGUGAAGAUUACCUCUGAGAUGAAAUCGUUCAAGGCUUAUGACAAGAUCCGUCUAGAGCGCACAAACAAGAGACAUGCCGGUGCUAGAGCCAAGAGAGCUGCUGAGGCUGAGAAAGAAGAGAAGAAGUGA